AUGGCAGGUGCCUUGUUCAUCAAGAGCAAGGAAGGUGCCUCGUUCAUCAAGGGCAAGGCAGGUGCCUCGUUCAUCAAGAGCAAGGAAGAGUGGCGAGAGCGAGGCGGCGUGGGGAGGGAGACGCGAGAGCGGAGCCUCAGCGUCGUGGCGGGCGAGGCGAGGAGGUGGAUUCAGGAGGUCACAGGUCGAGAGCUGGAGGGAGAGGAUUUCCGCGCUGCCCUGGAGAACGGCGUUGCCCUCUGCGACCUCGUGAACCACAUCAAGCCGGGACUGGUGAAGAGGGUGAACCGACAGCCGACCCCGAUCGCCGGCCUCGACAACGUGAACCAGUUCCUGGACGCGUGCGCUAACCUGGGCCUCAAGCCAGCUCAGCUGUUCCACGCGGGCGACCUGCAGGACACGUCGGAGCGCCUCACCAUCAGUGAAGCGGAGACCGACAGACGCCUGAAAAAUGUGCUAAUCACCCUCUACUGGCUGGGUCGGGCGGCGCAGACCUCUCGCGACUACCAGGGCCCUGCGCUGGGCCUGCGGGCCUUCGACGGGGUCCUCUCCGGCAGCGGGGCACACGGCAAGGCAGAGGAGGCGGGCGAGGGGGGGGCCGGUGGGUGGCGCGGCGGCGGGCGCGACAGCGGGUACCUGGAGAGCUGCGACUCGGAGCGCAGCGCCUCGCUUUCUCCGCCCUCGCACGUACGCGACGACUCCCUCGACUCCCUCGACUCCCUCGGCUCCCUCGGCUCCGCCGGCUCCCGGCCGCUCUCUCCCGACGCGCCCAGGGACGGCGGAGAAGGCUACCAGGGCAGCGACGCGGAGAGCGAGGGCGCUGUGCGCCGCCGCGCCUCCGGCCGGGACGACAUGUCGCUGCGCCGCGUCUCCACGGCCGUCGAGCCCAAGACGCCGCCCGCCGCCUUCAACCAGUUCCUGCCGGGGCGCCACCAGGCGACGGCGCCGGCCACGAGCGCCCUGGUCGUGUCGGCGCACCUCCCGGCUCCGCUGCGGCGCAAGCGCGGGGAGCGCAACGAGGUGGCGCGGCGCAGCUGGGCCAGCAGCCUCGCCCUGCAGGGCCCCGACGACACCGACGGCGCCGGCCGUUCGUUGUCCGUCACCAGCGACGGCGGCCUCUACAGACCCGACGACGAUGAUGACACCGCGGAGGAGGAGCGCCCGCGCCGGCGCACGGGUAAGUGCGUGACCUUCAGCGACCCCGAGACGGUGACCCCGGCACACGAGAGGUCUGGGUCGGGGUCGGAUUCCGACGGGAGCGAGCGCGCCGGCUGGUACAGCGUGACGCGGGGCGUCUGCGGCACGGCCCCGGUGCCGUCGUCGCCGCCGCCCUCCCCCUCGCCGCCGCCGGGCACCGUGGGCACCGUCGCGGCGCAGCGGCCGCCGUGGUUCCCUACGCCGGCGCUGCAACCCUGGACGAUGGGAAGCGCGGAGGAGAACGGGGAGCACGAGGGGGCGCGCUCGCCCGACAUCAUCACGCGCAGGGACAACCCCUUCCUGAGCGGCGCCGACGGCGGCUCCGACGGGGACGACGACGACGAGGAGGAGGACGACCGCCGCGUCCCUGACGUGGAGCGCGACGACCUGGCGGCCCGGCGGGCCCUCGGGGUGCGGGGCCCCGCGGCCGCCUCGCCCCGCAACUUCCUGCCGACGCCCUGCACGGAGCGCGACGCGCGGCGCUGGGACGCCGUCGUGCGGGCGACUCGACACGGCGCCUCGCGGCAGCAGCAGCAACAGCAGCAGCGGCCACCCCGCAGCAGUCCCCCCCUGAGCCCCUCCCCAACGUGGGGGCCGACCACCCAGCCGCCCGACGGCGCCCCCCCCUCCCCGAAAAUCCUCACUCGCAGAGAGAACGCAUUCCUGAGCCCGGCUCGCGACGACCAGGGCGGCGGCGGCGACGACGACGACGACGACGAGGGGGAGGAGGAGAGGGUGCCCGACGUGCGCAGGGACGACAUGACGGCGCGGCGCACCGCCGCCUCGCUUCCCGUGGCGCGCCCAGCCAUGGCCUUCAACCGCUUCCUGCCGAACCCCGCAGCCCGCCGGGCCCAGGACCACCGCCACCACACGGGGGCCACGGGGCCGCGACGGGAGGGGGGCGCCACCGCCGCCGCCGCUGACAUCCACAGGCAGCGGCAGCAACAGCAGCAACAGCAGCGGCAGCAGCAGCAACAACAGCUGCAGCAGCAGCGGCAGCAGCAGCAGCAGGGGCAUGUGGAGGGCCCCGUGGAGGGGCUGCUGCUGUUCGCCGAGAGGGUCCACGUGGAGAGCCCGGAGCCUGCGCCGUGCAUGGAGCAAUCGGAGUCCACCGAGGUGGAUCCUGACGGGACCAAGAGCCUGACCGAUGUGGCCGGAGAAGGAGCGGCUCGCUCCAGCAUCCUGCUCCACUACGAGGAGCUGCAGAAGAUCCGCGGGGAGGGCAAGGAGCAGGAGGAGCAGUGGCAGGAUGAUCUAGCUCGCUGGAAGAACCGGCGCCGCAGCACCUCGGGCAGCCUGAAGCGGCUCAGCACGGCCUCGGAGGCCGAGGGCCCGGCCACCGCCGCCCGGGAGAUCCGCACCUACGCCCAGAUGAUGCACAACAGGGAGGACCGCGCGCGCGACCGCGAGAACGGCUACGGCGAUCAGCUCCACGGCACGGAUGACGUCUUCUCCUCUCCGCACGACGGCGUCGACAGCAGCGUCCGCUCCUCCUCCUCGGGCAGAGCGCCAUUGAGCGGCCUCGCCGACCCCCCGGCAGCCCUCCGCCCGGCGGCACGAGCCUCUCCCGAGCCGCCGGUUGCCCCUCUGCGCAGAAUCGUCGCGGAGAAGGAAUUGCCGCCGCCGCCGGCGCCGCGCGAUAGCAGCGACGACGAUAGCGACGGGGACGCGGCCCCACCGGGGCCCGUCGGCCCCCCGCGCGCUCCUCUCGCUCGGGGCCCCGAGGUUCCGAGACCCGAGGAACCCGCCCCUCCACGCCCCGUCGCCAACGCCACCGCCGCUUCUCUGGGCGUCUUCGCGUCGGAGGACGCCUCCUUCGAGAAGCGUCCGCUUCGCCCGAUCCGCGUUUCGGAGACGAAGAUCGUCCACGAGAGCGUCUCGGCUGCCCUCUACUCCUCCACGCCGGGCCCCGUCGCUCAGGCCAACGACGACGGCAGCCGUGCGGCGGAGCCGAGUUCCGUGACUUCCGUCGGCCCCGGCGCUGCUCGCCGGGGCCCCGCGGCGGGCCCCCAGCCGUGGAGUGCCGGCGUCGCGCAGCGCGUCGUGGGCGUGCGCCCCGGUGUCCAGGGCGUGCGCGUGCUCCCGGGCACCGGCCCGCGCCCCUUCAGCGCUGCGCCCCGCAGCCUCCAGUCCCUACCGCGCACCUACCAGGCGGAGAACCUCUUCAAGGUAGGGUCCUCCGUCGACGGUGCCCGGGUCACGGGGUCGCUGACUCACUCGGACUCACGAGGGGACGCCCAGGAUCGGUGGGGCAGCAGCGAGGAGCUCAGCGACACGGAGUCGGAGAGGGCGGCGCAGGCCUCUGUUCGCCCCCCCACCAAGGCGCCUCCCGCGGAGAUCGAGCCGCUGGUGCAGGUGGCGCAGACGCCGCACCACGCCGUGUUCACCGCCGCUCCCCCCCCUCAGGCCCCGGUUUCCACGUCGCUCUGGGACGAUGCGUGUGUGGGGAAAGAGCCGCAGGGAGAAGCGGAGAGCAACGGUGGCUCCAGUCUCGACUUGGUGUCCAUUAGCCGCAAGAACCAAAUGAGACGCUCCCAAUUUUUCGGACUCCCAGUGGAGAGCACGGCGGAGCUGCCCCCGCCGCUGCAGCCGGUCCCACUGUGGAGCCAGACGCCGCCCGUCCCCGCCCCGCGCGCCCGCACCAUUGAGCCGAACCCCGAGGAUCUGAGGCUGGCUGCCAUGGAGACCGAGCGCAAGCGGGAGGAGGAGCGCAAGCGGGAGGAGGAGGAGCACAGGCAGAAGAGAGAACAGGAGGAGCGCAAGUGGGAGGAGGAGGAGCGCAAGCGGGAGGAGGAGGCGCACAGGCAGAAGAGAGAGCAGGAGGAGCACAGGCAGAAGAGAGAACAGGAGGAGCGCGGGUGGCAGGGGGAGGAGGAGCACAGGCAGGAGGAAGAGGAGGAGGAGGAGGAUGAUGAUGAUGAUGAGGAGCGUAGGCAGGAGGAGGAAGCACGCAGGCAGCAGCAGGUAAAUGAGGAGGAGGAGCGAAGGCGGCAGGAGGAGGAGCUGAGGAAGCGCCAAAUGGAGCAGGGUCGGCUCCGUCUGGAGCAGGAGCAGGAGCAACGCCGCCAGCGAGCGAUCGAGGAGGCGCGCAGACGAGCGGCGGCGGCGGCCGAGGAGGAGGAAAUCAGGAAGCGGGAGGAGGAGAAGGCGGCGGCGGCGAGGAAGAGACGAGAGGAGGAGGAGGAGAGGAAGAGGAAGGAGGUGGUGGAGAAGGAGCGGCGACGGCAGGAGGAGCAGGCCGCCGUCGCGGCGACCCGCCGGCGCCAGGCGCCCACGAUGAAUCCGGGUUCUCUCGAGAGCAAUGCUGGGCUUCAGGCCGGUCACCAGAAAAAACGCCCAUCGCGUUGA